AUGGAGAUGGUGCGGGGCCAGGUGGAGCAGGUGAACCGCCGGCAGCGAAAGCUGAACGAAAUGCUAGAGGCCUUCAAGGAGGAAGGCCUGCUUGGCGGCAGCGGCAUUGGGCUGCAGGACGAGCGACAGAUCGACGCCCUCGUGAAGCGGCUGCGCGCGCGGCUGCAUACCGACGAAGCCUCGGAGCUGGAGACACUCAAAACAAACAACAACAACCUCAAGCAUAGCCUCGAUGAAGUCACACUGGCCAUGGAGAAGAAAAAUAGCGAGAUGGAGGUGCUGCGCGCCAACUACGCACGCAAGCUGGCUCGGUCCGAUGUAGAGAACGACGCGGUGCGGGCGAAGGUGGAGGCCGCUCUGCACGCCUCUUCCCUCGAUGUAGAGCGCAUGAAGCGGGAACUGAGCCACCGUAUCGACAUCGCGUGCGCCUCCAUCCGCACCCCGCGCUACAACACCUCAAUGGAGGCGCUGCGAGAGCUGGUGCAGCAGGUGCAGGUGGAGGUGCAGCAGCACCACGAUGAGCUGACAAGGCUGGUGGUGUCCAUUGGCGCAAAGGAUACCUUUCUAAGGCAUGAGUCGGAGACGAUGCACUCGAAUCUACCUUCAGCGUACCGAACCGAACUGCGAAAGAUGGAAAAGGAUCAGCUGCUGAACCUGCUAGACGUGCUUAGCUUUCAAGAGGGUGUGGUGGAUACUGUCGGCAAGGCAAUCUACAUCAUUACAGAGGCGCAGCACAAGACGGCUGUUGUGUAG